GCCCGCCGCGCCCACCGCUGGUCCUCCGCCUGCGGGGCCGCAGCGAGCCGUGUCCGCCAGAGUCACGUGAAGGGCCAGGGGAGCGCGCCGAGCUGGCUCGAGGACAGAGUCCGCAGCUGUGGCCACGACGUCCCGAUCCCAGCCCGGCGCUAUGCUCCGGGCGGGUGGAGCCCCGGGAGUGAACCGCGCACAGACCCCCGAGGAGCCGGCCGCACAGGAGGACCUUCUCCUGGCGGCAGCCUAUGUUUCCGAUGCCCAGUACAACAGAAAUGUUCCAUUUGAAACAUCUCCUCAGGCCAUCAGACUUUACUAUUUUUAUAACCACUGGGCAAUGCGAGCCACCACAUACUUCUUCAUCUGUGUCGAUCUUUCCCUCGCCCUGUUUGAGGAGCCCGCAUUGUUUCCACUGCCUUUCUUGGCUACCUCACUAGCAGAAGUGCUCUGUCUGGCUGCAUUUUUUGGGAGACUCCUGCAUUUUGCAAAAGUCACUCCGCAGAUGGUUUUCUGGAAGGAUACAAAAAACAUCUGCAUCAUGGUAACCAUAGUGCUGACCUUGAUUGACCUCAUUAUCUACGGGUCCCUGGAAGCUGUCAAGAUCCACAGCGUUCGGUGGUCAAGGGUCUUAAGGCCAGUGUUCCUAAUCAACUUCCCUGAAAGUCGUCAGAUCCGAAGGGCUUUUCGAAGCAUCCGGAACACUCUGCCAGACAUCCUCUAUGUUUUUCUCUUGUUUAUAUUCAGUGUGCUGAUAUUCUCCCUUAUGGCUUUAAAGCUCUUUGGGGACAGGGGCCUUAAAACAGUGGAUGGAUCACCCUACUUCACCAACAUCCUAGAGAUAGCUUUUGACCUCUAUGUGCUGGUCACCACUGCAAACAGCCCUGAUGUCAUGAUGCCUGCCUAUAACUUCAACUGGUGGUAUUCACUCUACUUUAUUGCGUACAUCAUCAUCAACACCUACAUCUUUAUGUCCGUCUUUCUGGCUGUGGUCUACAACAAUUACCGGAAGCACUUAAAGAACGAGAUUCGCAAACUGGCAUACCUGAAACGUCACAAGAUGGUAGCGGCUUUCAACAUUCUGAAAGUCAAGGUGGGAACGGAGUUUGUGGUAAAGGAGGCCCAGUGGAAGCAGCUGGUCAAGGUCGUGGCACCAGACAUCAGCAGUUCCCACCUGGAGCUCCUUCUGAGGAUUUGUGAUGAGGAACAGAAGGGGCUCGUGGACAAAAUUAGUUUUCUACAGUUGGCUGACCUCCUCAACAUCCAGGUGGUCACCAUCAACAUCAGGAGACACCCCCUGGAAACCUGGAUGCCACGGGUGUACCAGUCGCCUGCAAGCCUCCUGGUCCAGAAGAUGGUUCGGCACAGACUUUUUGUAUGGGUUUAUGAUGUCGUCAUUCUUCUAAAUGCCAUCUUCAUCGCUCUGGAUGAGAAAAACCCCUUCAUUUCCUAUGCAGAAUGGGUCUUCCUUGUUCUCUAUAUCAUAGAGAUUCUCCUGAAACUGUAUACGUACGAACCCAGAACCUAUUUUGGAAAGAAGCAGUUCUGGAACUGGUUCGACACACUGAUCAUCAUUGCAGCGCUGCUGGCGACUGUGGCCACCGCCACCAUCCAGUCAGCAAGAAAAUACAACAGCCAGCAGAUAUUGGAUAUUGUCUUGAUAUUGAGAAUACUCCGGCUCCUAAGGGUCAUCGUCAGCAUUCAGAGAUUCCGGAUUAUCGUGACUACCUUGAUUAACAUCGGCCCUACAAUGUUGACGUUUGGUGGGCUCAUCUUGGUGGUCUACUACGCGUUUGCUAUCGUCGGGAUGGAAGUGUUCCAUGGCAAAAUCCAGUUCUUGGACCCAAACUUCACUGCUCCUGGUGCCCUGGUGUGCGGAAACCCAGCCUUAAAAGACUCAGCAUUCGCGCGAGACAGGUACUGCAAGAACAACUUCAAUGACCUGGCUUCCUCCUUCAUCGUGCUGCUGGAGCUCACCGUGGUCAACCAGUGGCAUGUCUUGGCAGGUGGCUUCGCCCUUGUGACGCACCAGGCAGCGAAGCUAUACUUCAUUGGGUUCCACAUUGUGGUGGUCAUCCUCAUUGUCAAUAUCUUCAUAGCGUUCAUCUUGGAGGCGUUUUUUGUGGCAUAUUCAUUAGAAAAAAGUGAAAUAGAGACUGCUAUUGAGAAGAAGAUCCAGGAGCUUGGUGUGGGGAUCCAAGAGGAAGAAGUGCCGGAUGAGAAGCUCACUGAUGACAUGAACUCCAAGGACACUGGCUCUAGUGGGGAUGACGGAGACAACAAAAGGAAGUCCUUGAAAGGACUGUACUUCAGAAUUGCUUCAAACAAGUACAGGACGGUGGACGCCUUGCUGCAGCGCAUGUUUGAGUCUGAAAUUACUCCAGACGAUGACAGCCCUUCCUUGGAUGAGAUUCUGAACUUCUCGCCUAGUGACAUCUAUCUCAAGAAUCCCAAUUUUGAAAACAGUGCGUGAUACAGAGCACAGCAAGGCCACAACUAGGGACUCAGCACAUGGUACCGGGAGGUGACUUUCCCAGUCCAGCUUCCCUCCCAUGGUCUGAUGAGCCUGUGAGACCCCUCACCCCCAGGUGCUGAGGGGCCAGCUGGAAGGUGACAGGGGCUGCCCGUGUGUGCCCUGCCUGCCCUGGUGGCAGCAAGGCCAGGGACAUGUGAGGCUGUGUGCAGAGCACCUGUCACACCCGACUGUGUGUGCGUGUGAUCUGUUUCAUGGGCAUAUACAAGCUUUACAUUUAUUUUUAUGUGGUAUUCUAUUAUUCGAUAAGAAGAGUACUGUCCUGUAGUGUUCCAUGAAUGAAUCUUGACUUUAAAUACUGUAAAGGAAUACUCUGGUGCAUCGCUUUUCAGUGCCGUGCUUAUUCCAAAGGAAGAAAAAUCUGAAUGUGAAAAUGAAAUUCUGUCUCAAUGACUUCUUCAUGGAGAGGCUCUCAAGUCUCCUUUAAUUCAAUAUAAUUACAGUCAGAUUUUGAGUAAGUUGUUCUAUGGUGUUACGUUUCCAAGCUGGAAAUCUCCCAGGAAGGUGACAUGCUCCUGGGAAAUGAAAUGGAACUUUUAUUUAACAAAUGUUCAUUUGUGGUCAGAUACAUAUAACAUAAAAUGUCUUAACCAGUUCAGUGGCAUGUGUAUGUUUACAUUGUGUGAGGUCUCCAGAACUUUAUCACCCAAAGGACACUCUAAUCAUUAAACAGCAGUGCUCCAUUCCCUCCUCCUCCCCCAGUCUCUGUCUUCACCAUUUCAUUUUCUUUUAAUUUGACUCUUCUCCAUUGCAUCUGGUCGCAUUAGCCCUUUUCAAAACGGCCAGCUUAUGACCCCCAGCCCUACCAUCAGGCAGAGGAAUCACCAAGGAUGUCUGUCUCUGUGGCCUGAGGUCAUGUGACAUCAUAGGGUCGUGGGGUCAUGGUCAGGUUGCCAACUGAAGGGCCUUCUCCUGAGAUCUGAGGCUGACUUUCAGGCUGAGAUGUGGGAUCAAAGGCAAGUCUUGGGAGCCCUAGGGGACCCAGGGCCAGGCACAACUCCCCAUGGAGCAUGUCACUCAGCCUCUCCGUGCCUCCUUUCUCACCUGCAGGUUUGGGGCAGGUGGCACCUCCUACCACCAGCUGUGGUGACUGAUGGAGGGUAAGGGUGGGGGCACUGGCUUGGUGCUGCCUCAGCACUUGCUCUCAUGACACUCUGGGGCUUGGCACUAGUGCUUAAAAUCCAUCACCCUGAUUCCGGGAGGUGGUGUUCUUGCUGAUCCCUCUGAUGGGGCUUUGGCUGUCCCGCCAUCCUUCCAGACUUACUUCUCUGUACAUCUAACACAUCAUUAUGUAAAGUAUUAUAUGCAGAGUUGCAACUUAAUUUAUGCAAUUUGUAUGUGCAAAUAUACUGGACUUUAUUUUUUUAAUUAAAAAUAAUGCAGACAUUGUAAAAUAUCAAUACCGGAAUGUAAU